AUGAAUAUCGUGUCGAUUAAUAUUAAAAGGGGAGUAUUGCUCGUGAAGAGGAAGCGGGUAGCUUCGAUGAUUCAGUUGGGCAAAGUGGACGUCUACUUUACCCAGGAGUCUAAGUUGCCAAAGUUGGACUCUAAUCUUGCAUCUUUGUUGUGGGGCGAUUCUAAUGUUGAAUGGUCUAAGUUUGGUAUAGUUGGUUCGACGGGAGCUAUUUUUAUUCUAUGUAGGAAGGAUCUCCUAAAGUUGUCUUGUAGCUUCAAGGGAGAAGGUUUUGUGGGGUUAAAUGCAGAGUGGAAGGGGCGCGAUUUAUUUUUCGUCAAUGUUUUUUCUUCGUGUGCGCUCAUUAUUAAAAGGAAGCUAUGGCGGGAUUUGGUUGCGACUAAGAAUAACUUUGGUAGAGGGGACUGGUUAGUAGGAAAUGGUUUUAACUCAGCCACGUGCAGUUCAGAGAGGAAAGGAGCUUCGGGUGAGGGCGUAGAGGGGAGAUGCUGGAAUUCAAUGGCUUUUAUUAGAGGUGGCAAAAUGGAUGGAUUGGAUGGAUAUGGAUAG